AUGUUCAGCACAGUCUCAUUUCAGUCAUGGGCGCUAUGUUUUCUGUUCUCUAUUUCUCUAUCAGGAAUUAUAGAUAAGACUGUGGCACUCGAUAUGCAUAUUCGCGAAGAAGGCGAAGUGACCCUGCAAGGAAAAUCAUCGAUCGAAGCUCAACAAGGUCUCACUUUCACAGAUUCAAGUCGGCAGCUACCAAGUGUACAAGCCAAGCGACAGAGCAAAGAACCAAAGAUGGGUUCACCGGCGCUAUCAAGCUCAGCUAGGCUACCCAGCUUCAAAAGAUUCACAUGCAAAGGAUCCGAUGUGGUGGAGAAUGUGAUAAUACCGCGCGAUUAUUCCAGAAUGAGAUCAAUGGAGAGCUCUUCAUCAAGCUCAGAGAAUCUCGAAAAACCUGCCUUUAGGAGAGUACAGAGUGGAGGACCAGGUGGGACAACGGGAGGGAAGUCGGUAGCUAGCUUUCUUGAUGCCUCGUCACCCGGAACAGCACCGGAAACAUCACAAGGUGGGAAGAUGGGAAGGCACAUUUUGUCAAACAAGGCCGAACUUGUUUCCCAAAAACGUCAUUUCUGGCCGUACUUGCGCUUUGUAGAACCCAAAAAGACGUUUGACAGUGAAUCGUCUUCGGUCGUUUUAGAGGAAGUCGAUCCAGAGGCUUUUACCCAUUACAUCUGGGGUCAGCAGAAAAAGACGAGACCCUAUCAAAUGUCAAAUCUGAAGAAGCUAACUGAAGCAAAUAAGAAAACAUGUCCAAACCAAUUUCAAAAUAUGAUUCAAUCAUUAGAACCUGUCUUACAAAUAAAAAGUAUGAGAUAUAUGGAUUCACCUAUCAAUGAUGGAAAAAUCUCACAUGAUCCUCAGAGAUACGUCGAUGGCUUUAUUGAUGAUGGAAGAAUGCCAAUUAGUCCUCAACCUGCAUUGAAAAAAAUCGACAAGAUCAAAAUCCAAACCAAAAAGACCAUCCUCAAUGUUUUGAAGGAACAUUUAAAAAACAAUCAAGACUUCUCAAAACCAUCAAGAAAUCUAUGGAUGUUUUACCGAACUUUGAAAGAUCAGUUACACGAGGAGGAAGAAAAAGGAAAAUCUGUAUAUGAUCUUCCAUCCCUCGAAAAGGUGGCUAACAAAAUCUUCAAAGAAGGAGGCCAAAGAAAAGUCUCACAUAUGACUGAUACAAAGGUCUUGGAAGAAAUUGUCAAUGAGAAUAUAGAUAGUAUUCUUUCAGCAAGACUUGAAAGCUCUGUUCGACAUCAAAAUCUGACAGAAGAAGACGCGCUUUACGUACGACAAUGUUUAGGAAGUGUGCAUACCUUCACUAUGAAAUACAAAAGUUCUACCGCAGAACCAUUGCUACGCGCCAUUACUACUUAUUAUGCAACAAUACAUCAGCGUUACUGGGAGUUUCCAGAACUCCGUUACUUAGCCUAUCGAUUACAUCAGGAAUACAAUUCAAAACUUCUUGGCCAUGAUAAGCAUGCUAUAAAUGAUAUUGAUCCUGCAAAAUGA